AUGGGAAUCUUAAACCGCCGUGAAGAAGAAUUCGAUAAUAAACGUGCCUGGGAUGACUUCCUUGAACAACGCGAAGAAAUAAUAUCCAACCUCGUUUACGGCACCGACGUUGCGAAAACAGAAGCCCAACUCGCCGAAUAUGCAUCCCAACACGCCUCCUCGAUCCGCCACAAUAAGAACCUCGAAUCCGAAGAGUCCGCCGCCCUCCUCGAACAACAGACUCUUGAACAACAAGCCCUACGGCAACGUCGCGAAGCCGCCAAACAAGAUUACGACAACGAACGACGAGCAAAACUCGCUGGACGAGAGGACAUCAUUACCCGCCUUGCCACAGGUAGCACCAAAGACGCAGAAGCAAUUGCCCGCGAAGCGAAGCGGGGAAGCCUGCUGAAGAAAUCCUCCGCCAGGCGCAGUGAAGAAGAGCGCAUCAAACGCAAACAGGCAGCUCUCCUUGCAGAGUCCGGAAAAACGGGUGCACCCACGCCUCCAGGUGCAGCCAAACCGUCUACCGGCCCAAGCUUAAUCAAGGGUCUCAGAAAGAUCAAGACCCCCGAACCGGAGAAACCCUACGAUCCGUUCGCGGGUGGAUCGUCACUGAUGAACCGCGAUUACUACACUUUACAGGACUACUAUCCCUCGCCUUAUCUGGAUCCGAUACGAGACGACGUUAGAGUGCUUGCUGGAGGGUAUGACCUGAAGGAUUAUUACGCUAGAAGCCUUUUUGAAGCCUUUGCGGGCCUAGGUUGUUUUAUCGAAGACGAAAUUUCGGCCCGAAAUCCACCAUCCGCAACUUUGGACGCGUCGUCCUUAUUAUCUAACAAAAACUCAGCUGUGGCAACAGGAAAAGCUGCAGAGGCUGCGGUGAGCAAGCCCGCAGUUUCUAGUGGUGAUGUUUUUUGA